AGCAGUAGAAGGAAAUGCUUGAGAAGCAAGACAUCUGGGUUGACCUGGGCUGUCCACCUGCAUCACUGCACUGAAGCCCGACACCUCUGGUAGCCAGUGAGAGGCUGGUUCUGUGCUGCGCUCUUACAGGAGAAGCCUGGCUGCAUUAACUCUUACUAAAACCAGCACUAGACAACUUGAGCAAAACCCAGUGAUGGAGGUCAAGUCCACAGAAGCCAGCAGCAGCUCCCAGGGAGGCACCGGCUGUCUGGAUCUUACCCUGGUCACUUUCACUGAAACGGUGACUUUCACAGAAGUGGUGGCAGAAGAGGAGUGGGGAUCCUUUUACUAUUCCUUUAAGACAGAGCAGCUGGUGACUCUUUGGAUUCUCUUUAUUGUCACAAUUUCUGGAAAUGCCAUUGUGCUCUUCUCUACCUGGAGGAGGAAGCGGAAAUCUCGAAUGACCUACUUUGUUACUCAGCUGGCAAUCACAGAUUCAUUCACAGGACUCAUCAACAUAAUGACAGACAUCAUUUGGCGCUACACUGGAGAUUUUAUGGCCCCUGAUAUCGUUUGCAGGGUCGUUCGCUACUUCCAGGUGGUCCUUCUCUAUGCCUCAACUUACGUCCUCGUGUCACUAAGCAUAGACCGGUACCACGCCAUAGUUUACCCCAUGAAGUUCUUGCAAGGAGAAAGGCAGGCAAAAGUGCUCAUUGGAGUGGCCUGGAGCCUCUCCUUCCUGUUUUCCAUACCCACUCUGAUUAUUUUUGGGAAACGGCAGCUCUCCAAUGGGGAAGUGCAGUGCUGGGCUCUCUGGCCUGAUGAUUCCUACUGGAUCCCCUACAUGACAAUUGUGGCUUUCCUGGUGUAUUUCAUUCCUCUGAUCAUAAUCAGUGUCAUAUACUCAAUUGUGAUUCGAACCAUCUGGAUGAAGAGCAAAGCUCAGGCUGUCAUCCUAUCCAGCUGUCCUGGUGGCAAAACCUCCCGUGGCUACAGCAGCCGUGGGUUCAUAUCCAGGGCCAAGGUGAAGGCGAUCAAGUACAGCAUUGUAAUUAUCCUUGCAUUUAUUCUCUGUUGGAGCCCUUACUUUCUGUUUGAUAUCCUGGACAACUUCAACAUACUGCCUGAGACCAAAGAGCGCUUCUACGCAUCUGUGAUUAUUCAGAACCUGCCAGCCCUGAACAGUGCUGUCAACCCCCUCAUCUACUGCUUCUUCAGCAACAGCCUCUGCCCCCCUUCCGAGGAAAGAAGAACUCAAAGGCUGGGGGGGACUUUGCGGGAAAGGAGCGAUGGAGGGCAGGAGAUGCAGGUCCUGUCGAAACCAGAAUACAUCUAGCACUGACAGUGUUCUGCAAAGCCACACUGGCACCUGUACAGAGGAAAACAGAGGUCCCCCACAAGCCCUGUGCACGAUGAAAUGGACGGACAAUUCCUGGCAAGAGCCUGCACCUUGUGCUCCUGUGCACCUUACAGCACGCGUUUUGGGUGGGCACUGCAGCCUCAGCAAUUGCACACUGCCAGUGCCAAGCUCACUAUGAUAGGUUUGCAUGCCUCUGUUGUGGGGUUUCAUCUUGACCCUCUGUUUAAAGCAAGCUGUAAUCUAUGUGCUCCAAACAGAAAAAAAAAAAUGUAAAUGGUGUCUAGUCAGAGUCUUCUCUAUUUUUCAGGAGUCACUAAAAGCCAUCUACUACACCAUCUGGCUCUUAUAACCAAUAGAGUGUUUACAAGCAAUUACAGAGCAAGGACCCCAGCUGAAAUGAAAACACAGCACUUUUCCAAUGAGAAAACACCAUUGUCACUCUGUGUAAUUAUAUCUGGGUUUCAUAUGGAGCAACUUACAAAAUUAUAGCCAGAGAAGUGGGGAAUGGAUGGCUGGGAUACUGCCUGCCACAUCACCAGGCCCAGCCUCUCAGAUCACACCAGCAGCACUGUCCCUGUACCUCUUCAUCCCCUUCCAGCGUGUUAUUUCCCUGCUGUCCUACCUUUGCACAUCAGUGGCACCCCAUUGUCCCAGCAGGACUCACACAUGACACAUCUGGACAGCCAUUUAUUUCUGGGAUAAUGGUGAAUGGUUCAACAGCCCUCCCCAGAACACAUGGUGCACCCCACAUGCAGAUCCUUCCACACUUCUGUGGCAAAGGCCCUGAGCAGCUUCUUCAGGAUCCUAUGGGAGCUGCCAUGCAGGGCACUUGGCCAGAGCAGAUCUUCCUCACCACCCACAUGGCAGCACUUCC